GUGGUGGCUAAUUGCACGCUCCCCAAAGAGCAGAGUGAGAGAGAGUAGGAGUAUACUUCUUCCUCUCCAAAAGGAAAAAAAACCCAAAACCUUCUCCUCUCAGUUCUCAAUCUCUCUUACAUUACGCUCACACCCACACCAUCAGCAUCAAUCUCGAACCCUUUUCCCUACCAUACCGGGAAUUCAGGACGCCAUGAACGCCAUCAACAUCUUCAAGAAGAAGACUUCACCCAAAGAAGCUCUUCGGACAAGCAAGAGAGAAAUGGGCGUUGCCACUAGAGGUAUUGAACGUGAGAUUGCAUCACUUCAGUUAGAGGAGAAAAGAUUAGUGGCUGAGAUCAAGAAAACAGCUAAAACUGGAAAUGAGGCUGCCACCAAAAUAUUAGCUCGUCAACUUGUUCGACUACGUCAACAAAUAACUAAUUUGCAGGGGAGUCGUGCCCAAAUCAGAGGGGUGGCAACUCACACACAGGCACUAUAUGCCAGCACAUCAAUUUCUACAGGGAUGAAAGGUGCAACUAAAGCAAUGGUGGCAAUGAACAAGCAAAUGGCACCUGCAAAACAAGUUAAAGUGAUAAGAGAUUUCCAGAAGCAGUCUGCACAGCUGGACAUGACGAUUGAGAUGAUGUCAGAGGCUAUUGAUGAGACUUUAGACAAAGAUGAAGCGGAGGAGGAAACAGAAGAGCUCACUAACCAGGUGUUGGAUGAGAUUGGUGUUGACAUUGCAUCUCAGUUAUCUUCGGCUCCAAAAGGCAGGAUCGCAUCCAGGAACGCUGAAAAUGCUGCCCCAACCAAGAAUGCUGCUGCCCCAGCUGAGAAUACCAGUUCUGCAUCUCCAGACGUAGACGAACUGGAGAAAAGGUUGGCAUCUCUGCGGCGUAUAUAAAUAAGCCAAAUGAUGAUUUUGUGUGGAUAGGGUGGUGGGAGUUGGGGUCAUAGACUCGUAUUGAUUAUAUUACAUAUAGGGUGUUACUAUUUGGUGGUGUAAAUUUGGUUGAAGUAUUAUUAUUGAAGAGACGAUUAUAUAGGAUACAAAAGAGUAAGUUUUUUUCAGUUCGUACGAAUCUAGAUUCACACUACUUUUGAUCUUUGAGAAUAUUAUGUAUUCCAGUAUAUCUACAUUUUUUUUAUUCAUAUAUACAGAUAACUAAAUUUAGAUAGUAUUUUUCAA